AUGUGCACAAAUUGUACUGAUAUUGCACUAUCAUUCAAUCAUCCAACGGAACUUCCACCAAAUUGCGUAGGAAACUUUGUUGAAGCUAAUAUUUGUCAAGUUGUUUUUCGUACGAAUUAUUUAACAAAAGAAAUUCGCCUGAAUCUCACCGGUGGAUAUAAUCCAAUUGGAAAUUCUCGUCUAGACCUAUCAGUUCAAAAUAAAUUUGAUGAACCAACGAUGAUGGAUGCCAACAUCACAUACAUUUGUAAGACUGAAGCUGAUUGUGCAAGAGUAUUUUACACUUUAACUAUACAAACACUAAUUCAGAAUGAACCAAUACUAAACGAACUACGGGCUGCACUGUUCGAUCCAACGGUAGUCAAUGUGCAACAGUGUUCGAAUAAUCAGGAUCAACCCAUAACAUGUCGAAAUGGUUAUGGAUGUCAUGGAAUUGAAAUAAUUGAAAAUAACAAGACUGACUUUGAAGGAGAAUGUAGAAAUGCUAGUACGGUGACAAUAUUUCCUCGUCUAUAUUUUAGAAUUACACUUGUCCAAGGUGAUCCACCCCUUUCAUCAGACUGGAAUCAUCUUGGUUUUACUUGCAACAAACAAAAUUUGUGUAAUAGUCGACAACAAAUCAAGAAAAUGGUGAAACUAGCAAAUGAUUUCUAUCCAUGGGAACUUAUCGGCAAAGAUUCGCCGUAUUCUCCUCUUUCAGAAUAA